CGUCUUUGGGACGGGCGUUCGAGGAACUCUUUACAAAAUGGCGACCGUUGUUGUUUUGCUAAAGGGACAGUGAAUAGCAACAUUUUCCCCACAGUAUUCUGCAACCAUUCGCAGAAUUGCAGCCGUAAAGCCCCAGGCGUACCAAGGGUCGGCUCGGUGUGGACUGAAAUGAAAGGUAAAGAGCGGUCGCCGUUGAAAAAACGCUCCCGGGCCUUGGACGACAUUCGAGACAGGGGAGGAUGCCACCCGAGCAGCAAGAAAAUGGGGGCUCUUUCCGUUUCAAGUGGGAGUAAUAAUGGAAACAGCUCUGGGAAAAGCGACGCUUCGACGAGGAGGAGUCUGCUCGGCGAGAAAAGGGACAGGGACUUUGACGGACACAGUCGGACUGGUAAUAACCACAACUGUCAGCCUGGCGCCGUCAGUAAAAACCACAGCCUGAGCCUGUCGCUGGACGUGGGCUCGGUGAGGAGCACGUCUCGCGGGGAGCAGCGACUCCCAGCGCCCGGUGCCGAGAGUGAGUACAAAACUCUUAAAAUCAGCGACCUCGGCACCCAGCUGAGCGACGAGGACGUAGAAGAUGGACUCUUUCACGAAUUCAAGAAAUUCGGUGACGUGAGUGUUAAGCUGAGCCGCAGCAACGACGAGCGGAUCGCCUUCGUCAACUUCAGGAAGCCGGAGGACGCCCGUGCCGCAAAACACGCCAGGGGGCGGCUGGUGCUCUACGACCGGCCGCUCAAGAUCGAGGCGGUGUACAUUAACCGGAGGAGAAGCCGUUCCCCGGUGGAGAGAGACUUGUACGGCGCGGCUCCGAGCCACAGACACUUGCAGAGGCCCCUCUCGCCGACCGGCCUCGGAUAUAGAGACUACCGACUACAGCAGCUGGCCCUGGGACGGCUGCCCCCUCCCCCGCCGCCCCCCCUGCCCAGAGAAAUGGACAGGGAACGGGAGUUUGCCCUGUUCGAGGCUAGAGCUCGCCCGGCUUUUAUUGCGGAUCGAGCUGCCUUCCGCGAGGAGGAUUUUAUUUCGCCGGAGGACGACCAAAGAGCCAACAGGACCUUGUUUCUGGGCAACCUGGACAUACACGUUUCCGAGGCUGACCUGAGGAGAGCGUUUGACAGGUUCGGCGUCAUAACAGAGGUGGACAUUAAAAGACCCGUCAGGGGUCAAACCAGCACAUAUGGCUUUUUGAAGUUUGAGAACCUUGACAUGGCUCACCGUGCUAAGCUUAGCAUGUCUGGGAAAAUAGUGGGCCACAACUCCAUAAAGAUAGGCUACGGCAAGGCCACUCCCACCACCCGCUUGUGGGUGGGUGGACUUGGACCCUGGGUCCCCUUAGCUGCCCUCGCGAGGGAGUUUGAUCGCUUUGGCACAAUCAGGACCAUAGACUACAGGAAGGGGGAUACAUGGGCCUACAUUCAGUAUGAGAGUUUGGAUGCUGCACAGGCGGCAUGCACACACAUGCGAGGCUUCCCCCUGGGGGGCCCGGAGCGAAGACUUCGUGUUGACUUUGCAGACACUGAGCAUCGUUACCAGCAGCAGUUCUUGCAGCCUCUCCCAAUACCACCCUUUGACAUGGUGGCGGAGUCAUUUGUCCACCGGGCCGCGCCAGAACCUUUGAGGGUCAGAGAUCGGACUCCCCCUCCGCUUCACUUCAGGGACAGGGAGCUCUUCCCUGGUGCAGAAUGGUCAAAUCCGGCUAUUCGUGAGCGGGUUCGGGCAUCCCCAUUCGAGCCCCUGGAGCACUUGGAACGUGAUCGGCGGGUGCGAGAGCCGUGGUCUUUGGAGCGAGAGCUGCAGGGGCGAGAGCCGGCUCGCAAGCGGCUCUUAAUGGAAGAUGGGCGCCACCUUGAUCACUCCCCCGACAGCUCUGAUAGGACAGUAAGGCGUAGGCGUGCCUCACUCGAUGGCAGUCCUGGAGGGAGCAGUAGAGAUGGACGCUUCAGUGACUCGGAGCGCCCUCUGCGGGGUGACAGGCUUUCCCCUGCUCGAGAGCGUCACAGCAGCCUGGAGCGAGGCGGAACUGAACGGAGACUGAAAAUCCAGAGUCUCUCUGACAAAGGACUAUCAAGCAACAGCAUUUCACCAGCCGGAGAACGUAAACGCAAAACAGUCGACGCCGGCAAAGGCCCGGCAAAGAGAGAUCGGGAGAGCUCCUCCAAAAGUGGACAGCAGUCCAAAUCAGAUGGCACCAAGCUGAGUUUUGCCUGGCAUGGAAUGCUACUCCUUAAGAACAGCAACUUCCCAGCCAACAUGCACCUGCUGGAAGGCGAUCACAGCGUUGCCAGUGAUCUGCUCAUGGACGGGUCCACAGGCAAGCAGGUGUGCGAAUUAAAGAUCACCCAGCGUCUCCGCCUGGACCAGCCCAAGCUUGACGAGGUUUCCCGGCGCAUCAAAGUGGCGGGGCCAGGCGGCUAUGCCAUCCUCAUGGCGGUUCCCGGGAGUACAGAGGAUUUGGCCUCUGACCCCGCCAUCUCGACUCAGCGGCCACUCCGUAACCUGGUGUCCUACCUCAACCAAAAACAAGCGGCAGGGGUCAUCAGCCUGCCUGUGGGAGGGAGCCGUGAUAAAGACACCACAGGGGUUCUACAUGCUUUCCCUCCCUGUGAUUUCUCCCAACAGUUCCUUGAUUCCUCUGCCAAAGCUCUGGCCAAAAGUGAAGAGGACUAUCUGGUCAUGAUUGUGGUCAGAGGAGCAUCUUAAAUCAAGCAAAAACAUGCUAAAUGUUUUUUUUUUUAAGGCUCUAUGUCAGUGACCAUUGCAUGCUGUGUGUUUUACAUUAUGGGGUACACUAGUAUGGUUCUUGAAUGUUGUAUGUUGCCAUGUUAACUAGAAAAACAAACACUUCCCUUCCUGCUGCCAUACAAAAAAGGCUGUGUGGUUUCGAAUUUCAAUAAGUGUGUAUCAUACCUCCAAAGUAAAAAAAAAUAACAUUCAUUUAAAAUAGGAUUUGGUGAUUAUACAAACAAAUGGAACACUGUAAAAAGGUAGUUCAAAUAGUAUUUAUCCCAGUCUAAAACAAUACAAGGUAAUAAAACAACACGUGAACGACAUAAAUAGAGACUUGACAUUGAAAAGUGGAAAGUGGGUACGUCCUUGACAGUGUUCGGGGAUCCUGGUCCGUAGCUUCUUGUGUCCACGCAUGGAGACGCCUUUCUGUUGUUAUCCAUUAUACUUCUUCUGUAAUCACUUAUAGAACGAAGGAUUAAUGGGUCUGCAUAUUCUAUACUGCCAAGUUCCAUGUACAACGCAGGGUAGGAAAUAAUUUGCUUCAAAUAUUUGAAGAGAAGAACCUACAGUUCCAAAGCUCAAACAUGUCACAAUGCCACCCAUCCUUCAUCAAAACAACACUUGCAUCCUUUUUAGUAGGCUGGCUGGCGCAGAGUCGUGACAUGUCUGAACUUCUCUUUGUAAUGCGACUGUCUACAUGUGAAAAGGAUGCAGACUGCAGCGCUCAUGUUUAGGAUAAAUUGUACAUUGAAUUGGUGAUAGAGUCAGACCACCACAUUAUUCAAGAAUUGAUUAGUAUGUUUAAUGUGCAAUUUCAAUGUUAGAACUCUGAUGGCAGAUACUCUAUAUCAACUGGUCAAAACGUUAUUUCUACUUGCACAUUGUAAAAAGACACAAUGCACAAUGCAGACUUUCAGCAUUUACUAAAGCGGCCAUAGAAGUGUUUAACAGUAUGCUUGUUGUGCUGGUUGGAGUUUGCAGUGGUGUGGAACUGCACUUCAUCAUAUUGAGAGUUUGGUGACCUUAUUUAGCUACAAGAGACAGGCAAAAUAUUAGGAACAGUGCUCAAUGUGACACAGUGCAGUUUGAAACCACCGCCAAGUCCAAAACAACGACUAAUUGACACUGUACAACGUAAUCUUUGGCUAGUGCUUGUAUUGGGUCUUAUUAGACUGUGCAAGUGGUCAUACUUGGGGCUCACAAUAACAACAUGCAUUGCAUGUUGACGCAAAUACUAACAUGUUUUCAUUCAUGCUUUAUUUUGUGCAUCCCUACCUUUUAUAUAGAAAUGGUUGUGUCGUGUAAUCUAUAAGCAACUACUGCAGUAGAUGUGGAUAAAAAUAAUUGUGUUGAUAUUUUGACAGCUUGUUUGAUUUAUUGGUCUGAAACCUGAAGCGGUCCUUAAGAAUCCAAAUCCGUAUGAGUAAGAUCCAAACCUGAUGUUUGUUCAGUAAGUAGGUCUGUGUCAUGUUAUCAACUCCCUGAAGAGUCCCUGUUUGACUUUUUUUUCGAAGUCUAAAGUUUACACCUGAUUUGAGCCCAGCUCACCCCAUGGCCUCAUUACUGAAUCUUGUUGACAGCAUUGUAUGUGUCGGUCAUUACGGCAGCAUUUGCGCUGAUAUAUAUUGGAAGCAUCAACAUGUGAGGACUCCAUGUUGAGCUCGUGCUCACUCCAUGACGACGACAUGUUGGUGAGGCUGCGUCAAAGUCGUGUAGCCCUUCUCCGCAUCGUGUGCUGACUUCUGUUUAAAGUGGGCCAAUUGUACACGCUGUCAUGACGAGGAGAGGCCGUGACAAGAUGUUCCCGUACCUGCAAGUGCGUCUGGGCACUUCAUGUGACCCAUUGUCAAUAAAUUGUUCAUUUGAAGGGAAACCUGUUUCUUCGGUGGAAGUGAAUUGAAGAAACAAAACGGCCGUGCCUUGUUGUGUUUCCCAGGAGUUGUGAAAUGUUCGAAAGGGAGCCAACUUCCACUUUGUUAGUUCCAGUGAGGAGACAGACCCCUGUUUGGGUUGUACACUAAAUUACUUUCCCUGGCGGCUGAUGGCCCGUUGCACCUUCAUCACUUCUUGACCCUUUGUGACACCCGGAGGAGACCCGCUCCCUUCUUGUGAUUGGCUCAUCCAGACGGCAGUCCAGCACAGGAGGAGCAGGCCGGAAACAACGCACCUGUCGCCUUCCCAUGGUGGUUAUUACAUUCAUCGCUUCUGUUUCUGAGAAGGAGCUGGGCAGGAGUCCACACUAUCCACCCGGGGGGUGGGGGGGCUGUGAGCGAUGCCUCUGCGGUAUCCUUAGCAACCCCUGGGCUUGCUGCAGAGGCCGGGCAGACCCAAAGGCUGAUGUGUCUUCUCAUACUUGCCCAUUGAUUUGAAGUGACGCACUGCUUUGCUCAGGGAAGAGCAUGUUCCACUCCCACAGCUGUAGGAAUAUUUACCUCCACUGACGUACUAAUGAAGAAGCUUUGCAUGGAGAUCAAAUAUGAACGAGCCUUUUUUUUACACAGCAGGAAAGGAAUCCACAAUGAGGACCCCCUCCUUCCUUGUAGGAGUUUGUCUUGCAAACACUUUUUAAAAAUCCCUUAUGCAGGAAAUACCUUUUUUUCCCAACAUUCCCAUUGUCAUCAGUCUUGUAGCAUUAGUGUGCUCGCCAAACCUGCCUGGCGCUGAGGAGGAGCCAAUCUACCGGAGCAUGGAGCGCCAGCUUGCAGUCAGACUACACAACACUGUCAAUGACACCUCCACCACCACUUGGCAACAGGAGCGUAAACAGUGGGGGGUGAGUAAGGAGGACUAUGCUACCUGCUAGCGCUGUAUCACUAGCCCGGGCAGCUGUGGUGAGUAUGACUGCAACCAUUGGCAUCAGGACGGUUUGCAUAAAUCACUAUGCUCAUUACUCGCACGUAUAAAUCCCAGACAAAGAAAACUAUGGACCCCAUUAGCGGACAUUGACAUCAUUAAGACUUAUACUUGCAAUCAACCACGUAAAGAUGCUGUGGUGGUAGUGUGGCGUGGCGUAGAAGUGAUGCAUCACACUGACAGCUGUUGUGUCCCCCUUGUUGUGCUAAAAUAUGGCCAUCAGCUUGUAGUACGUACACUGGAUUCGGGCAGCAACCCAGCACUCCCGAGUCCAACCACAACUAUUGGCACAUUGUUCAAUUCAUAUUCACUAUACUCUUGUAUAGUACCAACACAUCAUCAUUUGGGGGUAGGAAUAGGGGUGUGCUUCCAUUUUGUGACUGCAGCUGCUGACCAUUACCUCGGCCCCAGGAUUUGCAGGGUGGACUGGAAGCUACACACAUGCAAACCAAAGCCAUUUGUACCAGUCAAUAUGCCACUUAGGCCUGAUAGAGGAGCCCGGCGGGUCGUUUUAGGGUCUGGGGUCAUUUUAGACUCCUCAUUGAUACACCAGCUUUGGCUUUAGAUGCCGUGAGUGUCAGCAGGAUAUUCUUUAGCUGUUGCUGUAUGUUGUCAUCACGCAGAGGCGUUGCUAAUAUUAUAUAUAUCUAAUGUAUAUCUAAUAUUCAAUGUCAUUUAGCCAAUGCUGGGACCCAAAUAUUAGGAACAGCUCUCCCUGUGACGCGUGCAGUUGUACACCAGUGUACCAUACCAAGUACAACAAUAAAUAUUUGGCUCGAUAAAUACCUCUCUAGCAGUGGCAAUCACAGGUCCAGUUUUCUAUAAGGCGUGUAGUGGGUCUUGGACAUCAGACCUCAGACCACAUCAGAAGACACAGCAACACUUUUUACACGCAGUGCACUUACACUAACAACCCACUAGGGGCUUGCAGUCCAAUGUAGAAGGAUUUGACAUCCUCACUAAUACUGUGUUUCUUUCACAGAGAUCCAUAGUAGAGGCUGCUGGCUCCAUGCGGCUCCAUGCGGCUCCAUGCGGCUCCAUGCGGCUCCAUGCGGCUCCAUGCGGCUCCAUGCGGCUCCAUGCGGCUCCAUGCGGCUCCAUGCGGCUCCAUGCCAUUAAAGGCACCAUGAGAGGUCAUCUGCUGUAAGUACGCCUGUAUUGCUUUCUGUCCUCCACACACACUUCAAACAUACUUGCCAAAAGGUCAGGUGAUUGCUGAUUUGUGUCACGUUUUGUACC